CCGCUCGGCUCCGCUCGGCUCCGCUCGGCCCGGCCGCACCGACAUGGCGACGCGGAGCAGCGGCGGGGCUCGCCGGGCCACCCCGCUUCCCCGCCGCCUCUUCCCGCUCCUGCUGCUGCUGGCGGCGGCGCCCGGACCCGCUUCCACCGCCGCCCGUUCCGCGCUGCUGCUGCGCGCCCCGCCGCCCGCUCCCCGCUCCGAGCCCCCGCGCAGCCGCCGCGCCGCAACGCGCCCGCCCGAGCCCAUCCAGGUGUACGGACAGGUCAGCCUCAACGACUCCCACAACCAGAUGGUCGUUCACUGGGCGGGAGAGAAGAGCAACGUGAUUGUGGCUUUGGCCAGAGACAGCCUGUCUCUGCUGGGUCCCAAAAACAGCGACGUUUACGUGUCGUAUGACUACGGGAAGAGCUUUAAGAAGAUUUCGGACAGGUUCACCUUCGGCGGGGGGAACAGCAGUGAGGUGGCCAUCGCCCAGUUCUACCACAGCCCGGCCGACAACAAGAGGUAUAUCUUUGUGGAUGCCUUUGUCCCUUACCUCUGGAUCACCACUGACUUCUGCAACAAGAUUCAGGGCUUCUCGAUUCCCUUCCGAGCCGCAGACCUCCUCCUGCAUGGCAGGGACCCCAACCUGCUCUUGGGCUUCGACAGGUCGCAUCCUAAAAAACAGCUCUGGAAAUCGGAUGAUUUUGGCCAGACCUGGAUCAUGAUACAAGAACACGUCAAGUCUUUUUCUUGGGGAGUAGAGCCCUACGAUAAGCCGAACACGGUGUACAUCGAGCGCCACGAGCCUUCGGGGGCUUCGACCGUCAUUCGCAGCACCGAUUUCUUUCAAAGCCGAGAAAAUAAAGAAGUAAUCCUGGAAGAUGUCGAAGACUUCCAGCUCAGGGACAAAUACAUGUUCGCCACAAAGUCUGCGCGUUUGCAAGGCACCUCACAGCCGCCUUCGCUCCAGCUCUGGGUUUCCUUCAACCGCAAGCCGAUGCGCGUGGCGCAGUUCGUUACCAAGCAUCCAAUUAAGGAAUAUUACGUUGCCGAUGCCUUGGAGGACCAGGUGUUCGUGUGCGUCAGCCAUGAUGACAACCGUACCAACCUCUACAUCUCGGAGGCAGAAAGCUUGAAGUUCUCCCUGUCUUUGGAAAAUAUCCUCUACUACAGCCCGGGAGGAGCUGGGAGUGACACCUUGGUCAGGUAUUUUGCCAACGAGCCCUUCGCUGACUUCCAUCGUGUUGAAGGCGUACGGGGCGUCUACAUCGCCACCCUGAUCAACGGCUCCUUCAGCGAGGAGAACAUGCGCUCCGUCAUCACCUUCGACAAGGGGGGCACAUGGGAGCUGCUGCAGCCCCCGGCACAGACACGCUAUGGGGAGCAAAUAGAUUGUGAGUUGUCGCAGGGCUGCUCUCUCCACCUGGCCCAGCGCCUCAGCCAGCUGCUGAAUUUCCAGCUGCGGAGGAUGCCCAUUCUCUCCAAGGAGUCGGCGCCGGGACUGAUCAUCGCCACCGGGUCCGUUGGCAAGAACAUGGCGAGGAAAACCAAUGUCUAUGUCUCGAGCAGUGCCGGAGCGAGGUGGAGAGAGGCGCUGUCGGGACCCCACUAUUACACCUGGGGGGACCACGGUGGCAUUCUCGUGGCCAUCGCGCAAGGCACCGAGACCGACCAGCUCAAAUACAGCACCAACGAAGGGGAAACCUGGAAAACCUUCACUUUCUCCGAGAAGCCGGUGUUUGUGUACGGCCUGCUGACCGAGCCCGGCGAGAAAAGCACCAUAUUCACCAUCUUUGGCUCCUACAAAGAGAGCGGCCACAGCUGGCUGAUACUGCAGAUCAACACCACGGAUGUGCUGGGGGUCCCCUGCACUGAGAACGACUACAAGCUGUGGUCACCCUCCGACGAGCGAGGCAACGAAUGCUUGCUGGGGCAUAAAACCGUUUUCAAAAGGAGGACUCCUCACGCGACCUGUUUCAACGGGGAAGAUUUUGACAGGCCUGUCAUGGUGUCCAACUGCUCUUGUACAAGGGAGGACUUUGAAUGUGAUUUUGGCUUUAAACUGAGUGAUGACUUAUCAUUAGAAGUUUGUGUCCCUGACCCUGAAUUUGCUGGAAAACCGUACGACCCACCAGUCCCAUGUCCUGUUGGUUCAACUUACAGGAAGACUCGAGGAUACCGAAAGAUCUCUGGGGACACCUGUACAGGUGGAGACAUCGAGUCGCGGCUCGAAGGGGAGCUGGUCCCGUGUCCGCUGGCUGAGGAGAACGAGUUCAUUCUCUACGCCACCCGCUACUCCAUCCACCGCUACGACCUGGCGUCAGGCGUCAGCGAGGAGCUGCCCCUGGCCGGGCUGCGCGGGGCUGUCGCCCUGGACUUCGACUACGACCACAACUGCUUGUACUGGGCCGACGUCACUCUGGACAUCAUACAGCGUCUUUGUCUCAACGGCAGCUCUGGGCAAGAAAUAAUCAUAAGCACUGGGCUGGAAACAGUGGAAGCUUUGGCCUUUGAACCUCUCAGUCAAUUGCUGUACUGGGUUAAUGCCGGGAUUCCCAAAAUUGAGGUUGCCAAUCCAGACGGAGACUUGCGACUCACCGUCCUCAAUUCCUCCAUACUUGAACGACCCAGAGCCCUCGCUCUGGUUCCCCAAGACGGGUUGAUGUUCUGGACAGACUGGGGAAACUCCAGAGCUGGCAUUUACAGAAGCGACAUGGACGGCUCAUCGGCCGGGUGCAUCGUUUCGGAGGGCGUGCGCUGGCCAAAUGGCAUUUCUGUGGAUGACCACUGGAUCUACUGGACCGAAGCCUACAUGGACAGGAUUGAGAGAGUCGAUUUCAACGGACUGCAGAGAUCUGUGAUCCUGGACAGCCUCCCUCACCCCUACGCUAUUGCUGUAUUUAAGAAUGAAAUCUACUGGAACGACUGGUCACAGCUGAGCAUUUUCAGGGCGUCCAAAAAUAGCGGCUCAAAAAUGGAGAUCUUAGUCGGCCGAUUAAAUGGCAUCAUGGAUAUGAAGAUCUUUUACAGAGGAAAGACAACAGGGGAGAACGCCUGCAUCGCCAAGCCCUGCAGCCUGCUCUGCCUGCCCAAGUCGAACCACGGCCGGAGCUGCAAGUGCCCCGAGGGGGUGUCCAGCACCCUGCUGCCCACGGGGGAGGUCAAGUGCGACUGUCCUCACGGCUACGUCAUCAAGAACAACACUUGCGUAAAGGAAGAAAACACGUGUCUGCCGAACCAGUACAGAUGCUUCAAUGGGAACUGCAUCAACAGCAUUUGGCAGUGUGACAACGACAAUGACUGCGAGGACAAGAGCGAUGAGAAGAACUGCCCCACCACCGUGUGCGACGCUGAGAACCAGUUCCGCUGCCAGGGCUCGGGGACCUGCAUUCCGCUGUCCUACAAAUGCGACCUGGAGGAUGACUGUGGGGACAACAGCGAUGAAAGUCACUGUGAGGCUCACCAGUGUAGAAGCGAUGAAUUCAGCUGCAGCUCCGGGAUGUGCAUUCGUCUUUCCUGGAAGUGUGACGGUGAUAAUGAUUGCAGGGACUGGUCUGAUGAGGUGAACUGCACUGCAGUAUCCCACACCUGUGAGGCCUCCAGCUUCCAGUGCCAGAACGGCCACUGCAUCCCGCAGCGCUGGGCCUGCGAUGGCGACACCGACUGCCAGGAUGGCUCCGACGAGGACCCCGCAAGCUGUGAAAAAAAGUGCAACGGCUUCCAGUGCCCGAACGGCACUUGCAUCCCGACCAGCAAACACUGUGACGGCAUCAACGACUGUGCCGACACCUCGGACGAGCAGCAUUGUGAGCCCCUCUGCACCCGCUACAUGGAUUUCGUGUGCAAGAACCGGCAGCAGUGCUUGUUUCACUCCAUGGUGUGCGAUGGCAUCAUCCAGUGUCAAGACGGAUCGGAUGAAGAUGCCAACUAUGCUGGCUGCUCCCAGGACCCCGAGUUCCACCGGACCUGCGACCAGUUCAGCUUCCAGUGCCAGAACGGCGUGUGCAUCAGCCUGGUGUGGAAGUGCGAUGGGAUGGAUGACUGUGGUGACUACUCUGACGAAGCAAACUGUGAAAACCCGACAGAGGCCCCAAACUGCUCCCGGUACGACCAGUUCCAGUGUGGGCACGGGCACUGCAUCCCCAGCCGGUGGAAGUGCGACGAGGAGAACGACUGCGGGGACUGGUCUGACGAGAAGGACUGCGAGGGUUCUCCAGUUCAUCCCAUCACCACAUCGAUGCCGCUGACGUGUUUGCCUAAUCACUUCCAUUGCAACAGCGGCGCCUGCAUCACGAACAGCUGGGUCUGCGACGGCUACAAGGACUGCGCCGACGGCUCCGACGAGGAAGCCUGCCCCACUUCACGGCCCAACGUGACGGCCACUUCGCCGGCGCUCCCGGGACGCUGCAGCAGGUUCGAGUUCGAGUGCCAGCAGCUGCACAAGUGCAUCCCCAACUGGAAGCGCUGCGACGGCCGGCGGGACUGCCAGGACGGCACGGACGAGAGGAACUGCCCUACUCACAGCACCCUGUCGUGCCCUAACGGUUAUAAAUGCGAGGAUGGAGAGGCCUGCAUUAUGGUGAGUGAGCGGUGCGAUGGAUAUCUGGACUGUUCCGACAGCAGCGAUGAGAGAAACUGUACCGAUGACACGAUCGUGUACAAAGUCCAGAACCUCCAGUGGACGGCCGAUUUCUCUGGCGACGUCACUCUGACGUGGGCUCGGCCAAAAAGGAUGUCCUCGACCUCCUGUGUCUACAACAUCUAUUACAGAACGGUCGGCGAAAGCAUUUGGAAGGUUUUGGAAACCCACAGCAAAAAAACAAACAGCGUUUUGAAAGUCCUCAAGCCCGACUGUACCUAUCAGGUCAAAGUCCAAGUACAGUGUCUCAGCCGAGUCUACAACACCAACGACUUCAUCACCCUCCGGACGCCCGAAGGAUUGCCAGAUGCUCCCUUGAACCUUCAGCUCUCCCUGAAGAAAGAAGCUGAGGGUGUCGUGAUGGGCUGCUGGAGUCCCCCUGUAAACGCCCACGGCCUCAUACGGGAGUUUAUUGUGGAAUACAGCAGCAGCGGAUCCAAGGAGUGGUCAUCCCUUCGAACCACCAGGAACUACACUGAGAUCACGAACUUACAGCUCAACACAUUAUACACUGUUAGAGUCGCUGCGGUAACUAGUCGAGGAGUGGGAAACUGGAGCGACUCCAAAUCCAUAACCACCAUAAAAGGCAAAGUCAUUCCUCCACCUGUCAUACACAUUGAGAGCUACAGCGAGGACUCCAUAAGUUUCAGCCUAAAAAUGACUACUAAUAUCAAGGUCAGCGGUUACGUGGUGAAUAUCUACUGGACAUUCGAUACGCAUCGGCAGGAAAAAAGGACUCUGAUCAUAGAAGGAGAAAAGUCCAUCCAAAAAGUGACAAAUUUGACAGCGCACACCCCCUAUGAAAUUUCUGCCUGGGCUAAGACGGAGCUGGGUGACAGCCCUCUGUCUUUUGUCCACGUGGUGACCGGAGGGACAAGACCAGCGUCGCCAAGUCUCAAAGCCAAGGCCAUCAACCAGACGGCGGUGGAGUGCAGCUGGACGGGACCGAGGAACGUCGUCUAUGGCAUCUUCUACGCCACAUCUUUCCUAGAGCUGUACAGAAGUCCUCACAACACCACCACAGCCUCCCACAACAUCACUAUGAUCGUGCAGCGGGAUGAGCAGUACCUGUUUCUGGUCCGUGUGAUGUCUCCCUACCAAGGGCCGCCAUCUGACUACGUUGUGGUGAAGAUGAUCCCCGACAACCGGCUUCCCCCUCGGCACCUCCACUCGGUGCACACCGGAAAGACGUUCGCCGUCAUUAAGUGGGAAUCGCCCUAUGAUUCGCCUGACCAGGACAUGUUAUACGCUGUCGCAGUUAAAGAUUUAGUCAGAAAAACAGAUAAAAUCUACAAAGUGAAAACCCGCAACAGCACGGUGGAGUACACCAUAAAGAAACUCGAACCGGGAGGCAAAUACCACGUGAUUGUUCAGCUGGGGAAUAUGAGCAAAGAAUCCAGCUUGAAGAUCAACGCAGUUCCACUGUCUGCGCCAGACGCCUUAAAAAUCAUAACAGAAAACGACCAUAUUUUGCUUUUUUGGAAGAGUUUGGCGUUAAAGGAAAGUAAUUUCAAUGAAAGCCGGGGCUACGAGAUUCAUAUGUUUGACAGCUUGAUGAACAUGACGGCUUAUCUUGGCAACACCACGGAAAACUUCUUCAAAGUUUCCAACCUGAAGAUAGGCCACAACUAUUCGUUCACCGUUCAGGCCAGGUGUCUGUACAGCGGGCAGAUGUGCGGCGAACCGGCCACGCUUCUCUACGAUGAGCUUGGAACUGGGGAAAGCUCCUCUGCAUCGGCAGCCAGCAGAUCCACCGACGUGGCUGCCAUCGUGGUGCCGGUGCUCUUCCUGCUGCUGGUGACGCUGGGGAUCGGUUUCGUGGUGCUGUACAUGAGGCACCGGCGACUGCAGAACAGCUUCACUGCCUUCGCCAACAGCCACUACAGCUCCCGCCUGGGUUCGGCCAUAUUCUCCUCGGGAGACGAUUUAGGAGAUGAGGAUGACGAAGCCCCGAUGAUAACUGGAUUUUCAGAUGAUGUUCCUAUGGUCAUCGCAUGAAGCGUGUUUCUGACUGUACAAGCCAAAUGGUGUAAAUAUUUUGUUUGAUAAAAAUAGUUGAUGGUUUAUUUUAAAAAUGCACUUUGAGUUGCAAUAUGUUAUUUUUAUAUGGGCCAAAAACAAUUUAAAAAAUACACUUUGUAGUAAUCAACUGUGAAUUGCAGACUAGGUUGGUUUAGUAACAAAUUGCUUUGAUUUAACAUUGAUUUAGUCUUACAAGGCUAUGCUUGCUGGGCAUGCUUUUAAGUCUGUGAGAUAUUUUCCGUUGACUAAAUUGGCUACUCAUUUUAUUUUUCUAAGACAAUAAUAAAUUUAUUUUAAAAAAUUUCAGGAGAUUAUAUAUGUAGAGAGAGAGAUAAGUAAUAUAGUCCCUGAAGGUUUUGCUUCUACUUUAAAAAAAAAUCCUUUGUACUUUGUUUUAUAUGAAAGUAUUUUUGUUGUGUUAAUUUAUUGGGAAAUCUGCUUGAGAACAGAUUUCCAGCGUCGUCAGACAUUGUACACAUUAUUGUGUAGAACAUGUGCCACUUUAUCUUGCAAGGCAGUAGCAUCUUGGCAUCCCCAUCAUUGUUCUUGCCAUAAUAAACCCCUUUAUUUUUACAUCUAUUUUCCCCCCAACCCCAGAGCGAUGACACGAGUGGGUGUUCACGGGUCACGCCUGUCUAGGCUCUAUAUAUGCAAAGCUUCGCACCACUAAAAUACAGCACACUGUCUCAUCACACUGUUUCCUUUGUUUAAACCAAAAGUAUUUUUGCUGUGUAAAGUAAGUUCUAAUUGCAGUCUUCCUACAGAUGAACUGAGAGGCCAACUAUGUUUUGAUACAUGACUGAUCCAUUUAAUUUCACAUAUAAAAUAUGUAUACAAAGUUGAAAUGCUGUAUGGUUUGAUACUCUAUAGAAAUACUAACUCUAUUUUCAAUUACUAGUGUUCUCAUUCCCGGUGACAGUUUUUUCCCUCAAAGCUGGGACCAAACUUUAUUCACAUUUUUAUAAGUAGCAGCAAGCUUGCAGAGUUGCAUUAUUUUUAUCUUCUUAGUGGGUCAGGUGCUGUCCAGGGGUAAAAGUUUUGAGUGAAUCAACCCAGCAUGUAUAGAUCAAUUUGUCCAGAAUUACCGCUACAUAGAGAGACCAGAAUCUGACCCAGAGGCUAAACUAUUCCAAAGACUUGAAUCUAAAGAUUUGAUACAGCAAAGAAAGCCUGAAAUCAGAGCAUUGAACCCCCUCUUUAUUAAGCAAAGCAGCUUCACAGGGCUAGUGUGUUUUAUACAGAGAGAAGUCUAAGCCCCACGUGGGGACUGAGCAGGACAGAUGCAGUUCUGGGUAAAUUGUAUAUUUUUAUGUACUUUUGAAGCACGGAAUCUUGUUCACACGGGGCGGGAGGGUUCUGGUGUAAAUACGGUACGUGGAUGUGGAUGCAUAUUUUUGUUCUGGUUUUGUUUCAGUAGCCUUAUGCAAUGUGACAUGCCUCUUGACCCUAACUUUUGGGAAGAGACGUGGGUUUACCUCAUAGCAACCCAGGGAAACCUCUGGAAAUCUCAUUUUCCGAAACAACUUUAAAGUCUCUUUCAAAUGGACUUCAGAAGGGAAAUGGGGCAAUUUAGUUUCUCUUGGACCCAGAAAGCACCUUCAUUACUGGAACUAGCUAUAACGUCUAUAAUUAAUCCUCCAAAAGAGGCAGCAGUCUACAAGCAGCCAGUCUAAUGAGUUUUCUAGAGGUAGUGUCAACGUCUAAUCUGGUUCCUUAAGUGAAGUUUAAUAGCAUACCAUUUAAAUUGCUACCCUGUGUCAUUUUAUUUUGAUUCACUGAUUUCUGCUAUGUUAUUAUUGCACAAUUUUGAAGGAAUUUUUGUCUGUCUUUUUUUUCCCCCCCACUUAAUGGUAAUAAUAAAAAUGGACUGGGUAAACAAA